GAUCGAUCUAUGAUUGUAUAGGAAAUAAUUAUAGUUGGACUUGGACGAGCCUAGAUCUAUCAUCAUUUGCUUUCUCGCCCAAUAAGUUGGACAAUGCCUCGAUACUUUCACAUCAUUUUCUUUAUUGCAGUGCUUAGCUUUACUGGCUAUUCCGAGAGUCAAGGCCCUUGUAGUGGCAAUGGGCCGGUUUAUUGUCUUAAUGCAACAAAAGAUAUUUUACUAGAGAGAGGCUCAACUAACUUUAAUUUUUACAAGUUUCUUAUAUUUGGCAAGCAUCCUGGUUUUGUCAAGAAAAGGAUUCUCAUUCAGUUUGAUGACAUACCUACAGAAUGUGAUAAAAUUGUUUCAGCAAAACUUUACUUGAAGUAUUGGUAUUCACACAAAGCCAGCUAUAUAAAAACUUUAGUUAAUAUCAAUAGGACAGUUCAAGUCCAUCAGGUCAAACAAGACUGGACAGAGUCGCAGGCAACAAGUACUUAUCGCAAGACUGGAAUAAGAUGGAGCAAACCUUAUCUUGCUCUUGAUGGGACUGAUGCAAAUCCAAAUACUUUGGACACUGUUAUCUUCCCUCCUACUAAACCAUGGCUUCAACUGGAUAUCACUGAAGCAGCACAAAACUGGAAGAAUGGAGAGGAAAAUUAUGGAGUUGUUAUAUGGACAACAAAUGAAAAUGAUGAUGGACGGGAUAUUCGCUUUCGUAGCCGUGAACACAGCACUGAUAAGCCAUUCCUUUCCAUCUUUUGCAACUAAUUCUAAACUGGUCUGAGUUAGUCAGGUCGUGAACUUGAAUUUUUUACAAGUAGUUUUGUUUUUAGGCCAUUUUUUGAUAUUUUUGCAUUAAUUAAAAGGAUUAAUUUCACAAGUUAUUUGAACUUGAACCCAA